ACGCGCACAGAGAACGGAGCAGUCCCGCAAUUCACGCACGCAGCAUUUCAAUCCGGACCUGCAGGGUUCGAGCCGCAGCUGUUCUCUGCUACUGUGCGGGUUCCACGGCGACCCAUGAGAACUUUCAUUUGACUUCAUCGUUUCAUUUUAUUUUUAUUUUCACUCAUUAGUCAUUCUUAUUUUGUGCUUCAUCCGACAGGCUGCAGUUAAUUCAUUCUUGCUCAUCUUAUUCCAAACUGCCUCAUUCAUUUUUUUGGGAACUCCCCUCGUUUGCCUGAACGGAAUACCUCGCUUUUGGAAUUGGUACCUGCUUGGCUUAUUAUCCACACCGAGGGGAUUAACUUCCAUGUCUCCACGGACAUCCAGCACUUCGGCGGCGACGACACGGGUCGCCUUCCUGUGAGGAAUGUACAUGCUCCCCACGGCCGGUUGAUCGGAGUGCUUCACUCAAUCGUGUAUUUUACCGAAUGAGAAACUGCCUGCUGUCCGCGGUGCUGCUCUCUCUCAUCUCGAGCAGGACUAAUAGAGGAGUAGCUCUUCCCAUCGGGAUGGUUCACUUCUAACCAGGCUUCUAUUCUGCCUUUUUUUUUUUUUUUUUUUUUUUUUUUUUUUGUACUUUUUGUCCUGGAACCGGGAUAUUAAGUUUGGAUUGUCACAAGCAGCCAACGAGACGCUUUAUUUUUUAUAAUUAGAAAUUCCCGCGAAACGGAAUUUGACCGUAACGGUCUUAACGGACCAUGGGCGACUCUCUGUGGAGAUAUUACUUUGGAGUUUUAGUCAUCGCGUGUAAGGUGAACCUGUCCCGCACACUCAUCCUGGACUCCAUAUACUGGAACACGACGAAUACCAAGUUCGUGCCAGGACAGGGUCUGGUGCUGUAUCCACAGAUCGGGGAUAAGAUGGACAUAGUUUGCCCACGCGUGGAAGGCGGUUCGACGGAAGGAGUGGAGUAUUAUAAACUCUAUAUGGUUCCUCUGGAACAGCUAAAGUCCUGUCAGGUCACAAAAGCGGACACGCCUCUGCUCAACUGCGUCAAACCGGACCAGGAUGUCAAAUUCACCCUCAAGUUCCAGGAGUUCAGCCCAAACCUUUGGGGCCUGGAGUUCUUCAGGGGGAAAGAUUACUACAUUAUCUCUACGUCUAACGGAACGAUUGAAGGGCUGGAUAAUCAGGAAGGAGGAGUGUGUAAAACCAAGUCGAUGAAAAUCAUCAUGAAGGUUGGACAAAACCCCUCCGAUCCCAUUUCCCCCAAAGAAUACCCCACCAGUUACCCUCCCAAACACCCCGACGCAGGGAGCAAGGACACCAAAUCGAAUGAAGUACUUGACAAGCACGAUGCGUCUCAUCAAGGAGAAGAGAAGGGAAAUGGAAACAAAUCAUCAUCGGUCAUUGGCUCAGAGGUCGCCCUGUUCGCCUGCAUCGCCUCAGCAAGCGUCAUCGUCAUCAUCAUCAUCAUCAUGCUGGUGUUCCUCCUUCUGAAGUACCGACGACGCCAUCGCAAACACUCGCCCCAGCACGCCACCACGCUGUCACUCAGUACAUUAGCCACGCCCAAGAGGGGAGGGAGCGGCGGCAACAACAACGGCUCGGAGCCAAGUGACAUCAUCAUCCCACUGCGGACUGCUGACAGCGUCUUCUGCCCACAUUACGAGAAAGUGAGCGGCGAUUACGGACACCCCGUUUAUAUCGUACAAGAAAUGCCGCCGCAAAGCCCAGCAAACAUCUAUUACAAAGUGUGAAAACGGACACGCUUCUUUCAGACGUUUUAUUAACUGUAACCCCCAACGUGCCCCUCGAUGAACCCUCCCCCCCCCGUGGGCGGCAUGGGCUCACCCUCGCCCCCUUUUUUUGUUGUUCUUGUUUAUUUUACAAUAUUCCUGUUUAUUACUCUCAGUAUAGAUGUUGCUGAUGGUGGAGUGACACUCCUGAUUCGCUGCUCUUGCACCUGCAAAAACGAAAACAAAACGAAAAUGACUCAAACGAAAACCCUCCGGGGGAUUGACGUGCACUAUUAUAGUGUGUGUACGAGGGAGCGUGUGUGGGGGAGAGGGGGGUUAAGGGGGUGGCUGUGAAAACAGAGGUCAAGACUAAGAUUCGUCCUCUUUUUUCCGCUACAUCAUCUCCCUUAAGGACACAACACACGGAGAUGGAGAAGAGAAAAGUGACGUGACAGUAUCACACAGCAAGAAAUACGAACUCAAGCUGUUUUUAUAGCUAGAGCCGAUUGGCUGAUCCGUCUCGAAAUGCAGCCGAUCGGUCAGAGCUACAGGAAGUGGAUUUAAAAAGCUCUCCGGAGCCUACUGUUGGACAUUUGAAUGGACAUCAUCUGUUUUUGCACGUUCACUCGUACUGUUUUCAUUUGCGUUAGCUCUCCUCAUUCGCUCACCUCUACAAAAUGACUCGCGAUGUUUACUUGAAGUCUUUUUGUACGGUCAUGCGUCUCGCAUUUCUUUCUGUCAUUCCCAGUGCAGUCCACUUGCGGAUAGAAAACUAAUAGGUAUCGUCAUAGAGAUCCUUUCGUGCUGGUUUAUGUGGCGUUUAGUAGCGUGGAAGACACACAUUUCAUUUCGUACACGUCUGCUGCCAGGGCUGAGAGAAAAUAGAGAAGGAAGGAAGAACGUCAAUAUUUGGUACAGUUGCUGUCCUGUUGCCUGCUGGGAAGGUGGAGGACUCAUGAACACUUUAGCAGCACUUUGAAAGCCUCACCACCUUUCCCACAUGGAGUACAAACUCAAGAACACCACAUUAAGACAGCGAAUCACUCAAGGCUUAUUAGCGAAAUCUCUCAUUUUUGACACAAAAUGGCCGCCUUCCCCAGGCAUGUCGCUACAAAAGAUCCUGUUUUUCUAGUAUUUCUGCCAUCGCAUUAACACACACACUCUUUCGCUCACCAGUGGCUGGUGCAGAUUGUGAAAAAGAGGAACUGGUGCUCUACUUCUUUUAAAGCACAGGGACAUCAAAAUAUAAUGGUUUAGUUUUGAAUGAAGCAAAAGAUUUAGCAUUUCUUCAUGAGUUUAGCGGUUAGAAAGAGUGCACGUAGACUUUAUUUAUGAUAGCAAACGGACAGGUCGGCGUGAGACGGCGAGAAUAUGAAUAAUUUAUGGCGAAUCUGCACAUUAUGCAAGUUUCAAGUUUUCCUUUUCGUUAACAUUUUUCUCCAUCUCGCUAUUUGCUUAUUUUCCAUCGAUCCCUACACGAAUAGCUGCCUUUUUCGACCACAAACACACACAUAGCCGCACAAAAAGCACAUGCGCUCGUGGCCAGGGAAGGGGCGGCUUUGGAAGGAGCCCUUAGGGAAAACAGCAUGUUGGGUUUUAAAAUAGCCGAAAGGAAUGAGAGGGAAGGGCCAGAAACGGACCAAAGGAAGGGCACGUCUAACAGAGUCCUGACUAAACCAACUUCUCCGGGCCUGCCUGUCUCAGUUGAUGAAGCUCAGAUGUGCUCUGGGUUGAAAUUAGGCCCCUUAAUCUGGAAGGAAAGCAGUAGACGUCGGUUAGCGAGCAUACCAGAUGAGAACGAGCGCGGGCUAAAUGUAGUAAAUUGCAUGAAAUGGGAUCUUUCAGACUGAAAUUGUGGGAGGUUUCUCGAAGGGGGGGAAAAACACAGAUUAUGAUCGAUGGAGGUCACAAGUGGAUUUAGCGUGCGUUUUUACGAGAGGAAGCCGCCAAGCAGAGGCCAGAGUAUCCCACAGCCCGCAGAGGAUUUUUGGAACCCCCGUACGUGCGUGACGUCAUUCGCGCGAAAGCAUUGUGAGCGACGCCAGCCUGCAAACACUUCAUUCGUUCGAAUUCGUUCACCAAAGGUGGACCCAGUUGAAAAUGUCCACGUCGCACAUUAACUGUUCAUCAUUUUUGUUUUCACUUGUUCAUGGAGGUUCUUGAAUCUCACCGAGAAGCCAAGCCUUGUGUGAUCGGAGCUUUGUGCCUCUGUAAGAGGCCACAAAAUCUGCAAAUAUGCAAUUUUUAUUUAUUUUUAUAACAAUUGAGAAAAAGAUGAUAUACGUUCACCUAUGGAAAAGUGUUCUUAACCACUGAAAAUUAAAUGAAACAAUACAGCAUACGAAAACACUACAACCCCGGUGUGUUAUUAUUAUUAUUAUUGCUAUUAUUUUUUACUUUGUGCUGUAGGUUCGAGGUAAACUGUGAAACAUUUAAACACACACUUACAUGUUGAAGACUGAGCAGUUGUUUGAACUCUUUAGAAGACACACGAACGAAAAACAAACACACACACUACAAACAUUGCUGUUCGGUUGCUGUCCAUAUGGGCUAAAUAUGACAAUCUCCUUAGUUUCUUCGAAUCCGAAGACACUGUCUUGCAGGUCGCAAACGUUCCCGUAACCUUCUAGGAGCGGUAGGACUUAACUAGUAGCGUCAGAUGUUGCACCGGUGUGGGCGGAAGGUUUGCGAAACGCUGGGAGAAGUGUCUUCGGGCCACUGUAAAAUGCCUUGCUUGUAUGGUCACCCUGAGUUCACGAGACUCUAGUUUUUGCACCGUACAUCUGUAGGUGAGAGGCUGUAAAUACGUUAUUGUUUGUAUUGUAUAUGGAUCCCCGGUUGUUACGAUAGCCUUAUUCUCACAUUUCUAGCAAAUAAAAAAGUGAAGAAAAAAAAACGACAUGAAUCACUUCAGUUAAAAGAGAGCAUACUAAUUUUUUUGGUAAAUAACUUGUGUACAUAUUGCCGACGAACCCAAUAAAUUGUUUUUUAUAAACUCUUAAGUAAGAUGUUUUGUAUAGAAUUGGAAUUUUUUGCUAUGUAUUUUAGCUAGCACUCGUCAGACCCUCCCACUCAACCCUUUUGCACUGUUCCCAUGGUGAUCUGGUUUAAAAAUGAAAACGAGAUAGAGAAUUGCCAAACUGACUGCUUGCUGCAUAUUUGUGCCAUACGUGUGUACCAUAAAUAUUUAUUUAAUUAGUUCUUUGGUUUUGCUUUUUUUUCUCUCUACCCAGUUUGUACACGACCUCAGUAUUAUCAUUUGCGUUUUCCCCCCAACCUCUGCGUUUCCUGUUCUCUUUCUGUUGCUGUCGUUUCCCGAUGGCCCGUGCGCCCAUCCUUCUCUCGCAGUAAGAUCUGGUCAGGACGUGCAACCUUAUAAAAGUCAUAGAAAUGAAAUGGCACACAUUCCACCAGUCUGUUACAAACUGAAAAUGUUUUUCAAUAAAAUGUUUUUCCUAUGGAA